GGAAAAACAAAAUUCAAUGGAAGAUAAGAAAACGUUUAGUAGUAACGAUGAUGUUAAGAAGGAGAAACAUGGAUCCAUAAGUUCCAUUUUCAUGCAUGCGGAUGGUGUAGAUAUGUGGUUGAUGGCUGCAGGCUUCAUUGGAGCUGUUGCUGAUGGCACUGCUCCUCCUCUGAUGAUAUAUUUGGCUGGCCGUAUGUUUAACAAUGUCGGCGGCGCUGGUUCAGCUUCAUCUCUUGAUUUGCUCACCCACAACGUUAAUAAGGUUGCUCUAUAUAUUGUUUUGAUUGCCUGUGGUGGAGGCGCUGGAUGUUUCCUAAAAGGAUAUUGUUGGACAAGGACAAGUGAAAGGCAAGCCGCUCGAAUGAGAACAAGGUAUUUGAAAGCUGUCCUAAGACAAGAUGUUGGCUACUUUGACCUGAAUGUAACCAGCACAGCUGAAGUAGUCGCAAGUGUUUCCAAUGACAGUCUCAUAAUUCAAGAUGUUAUCAGUGAGAAGGUUCCAAGCAUAAUAACAACAGGUGCUACAUUUAUUGGAUGUUACAUAAUACCUUUUCUCUUAGCAUGGAGAUUAGCCCUUUUGAUUUCUCCGUUUAUUAUACUUCUGGUGGCUCCAUAUUUGAUAUAUGGAAGAAUUUUACUGAGUCUUGAAAGGAAGAUUAGGGUAGAGUAUAAUAAAGCCAGCACAAUAGCAGAGCAGGCAAUAUCUUCUAUAAGAACAGUUUAUGCCUUUGUCAGUGAAAACAAAACCACAACCGAGUUCUCUGCAGCUCUACAAGAAUCUUUAAAGUUGGGGUUGAAGCAAGGGAUGGCUAAAGGCUUAGCCAUUGGAAGCAAUGAAAUUAAUUUUGCCGCUUGGGCUUUCAUUAUUUACUAUGGUAGCAGAAUGGCUAUGUACCAUGGAGCUAAGGGUGGAACUAUGUUCAUUGUGGGCACUUGUAUUGCUGUGGGAGGAAAAGAACUUGGCAUAGGCUUAUCCAACCUGAAGCCCUUAUUUGAAGCAUGUGCGGCUGCAGAGCGUAUAAAUGAAAUGAUUAAAAGAGUUCCUAAGAUUGAUUUAGAUAAUUUGGUGGGGGAAACCUUGGAUAACACUGUGGGAGAAUUCGAAUUCAAACAAGUUGAGUUUGCAUACCCUUCAAGGCCUGAGAGCAUGAUUUUCGAGAGUUUCUGUCUCAAAAUUCCUUCAGGGAAGACUGUGGCUUUGGUGGGUAGUAGUGGAUCAGGAAAAUCAACAGUGAUUUCACUGUUGCAAAGGUUUUAUGAUCCGCUUGGAGGAGACAUACUUCUUGAUGGGGUUUCUAUCAAAAAAUUGCAGCUCAAGUGGUUAAGGUCACAAAUGGGGUUGGUGAGUCAAGAGCCUACACUGUUUGCAACAACCAUUGAAGAGAACAUACUCUUUGGCAAUGAAGAAGCUGGAAUGGAAGAGGUUAUUGAAGCUGCUAAAUCUUCCAAUGCCCAUGAUUUCAUAUCCCAGUUUCCUCAAGGAUAUGACACCCAGGUUGGCGAAAGAGGGGUUCAAAUGUCUGGUGGACAGAAACAAAGAAUUGCCAUAGCAAGAGCUUUGAUAAAAGCACCAAAAAUCCUCCUCCUUGACGAGGCUACAAGUGCAUUAGACUCUGAAUCCGAACGUAUUGUGCAAGAAGCUCUUGACAAGGCCUCUAUUGGACGUACAACUGUCAUUGUUGCCCACCGCCUUUCUACUAUUAGACAUGCAGAUUUAAUUGCUGUUGUCCAAGAUGGGCAGGUCAUGGAGAUCGGAUCACAUAAUGAGUUAAUGGUAAAUGAAAAUGGUAUUUAUUCCAUGCUAGUGCAACUUCAACAAACAGAACAAGUGAAAACCGAGGAAGAAUGCAACGAAAAUUUAUCAGUAAAUGACUCAGCUCGUAUAACAAACAUGGAAAUCAAUAUUUCUAGCAGUUGUAGAGUCUCCUCUCUAUCCAGCCAAACAAGUUCAACCAAUUCUGCAGCAUCAAAUCAUGGUUCACCGGGUGGAGAAAUGAAAGUUUCUACACCAUCUUUCAGAAGAUUGUUGGCCUUGAAUUUACCGGAGUGGAAACAAGCUACCAUAGGAUACUUGAGUGCAAUUUUAGCUGGUGCAGUGCAACCAAUUUCAGCUUUCACAAAGGGGACAAUGAUAUCAAUGUUUUUUCUCACGGAGCACGGGCAAAUUAAAGAAAAGGCCAAGGUUUAUGUGUUGGCUUUCCUUGGACUUUUUCUGUUUUCACUGACGAUCAAUAUUAUUCUGCAUUAUAAUUUUUCUUACAUGGGGGAGCACUUGACAAAGAGGAUAAGAGAAAGGUUGUUUUCAAAGAUACUGACUUUCGAAGUUGCGUGGUUUGACCGAGAUGAGAAUUCCAGUGGCUCUUUAUGUGCUAGAUUAGAAAAAGAUGCAAGUGGGGUGAGAUCUUUAAUCGGUGACGGAGUGUCUUUUCUAGUGCAAACCAUUUCGUGUGUAAUUUUAGCUUGUGCACUUGGCCUAUUCAUUGCAUGGAGACUUGCCAUUUUCAUGAUAGUAGUUCAACCCCUCAUCAUCCUCUCCGUUUACGCUCGAAUUGUCUUACUAAAAAGAAUGUCCCAAAAAGCUAUUGAAGCACAAGAAGAGAGCAGCAAGCUUGCUACUGAGGCAGUUUCCAACCACCGAACCAUUACCGCCUUCUCAUCUCAAGAUCGAAUCUUGAAAAUGCUACAGAAAUCCCAUGAGAGUCCAAGAAAAGAGAACAUUAGACAAUCUUGGUUUGCUGGUUUUGGACUUGGGUUUUCUCGAUUUCUUUUGUCAAGCAUUAUAGCCUUUGAUUUCUGGUAUGGCGGGAAACUCAUAUCUCAGGGACAUAUCACCUCAAAAGCCUUCAUUGAAACAUACCUCAUCAUGAUUACCACUGGCUUUUUCAUUGCUAAAGUUGCAAGCAUGACUUCAGACUUGGCCAAGAGUGUAGAGGUUGCUGGAUCUUUGUUUGCCAUAUCAGACCGCUACACAAGAAUUGAACCAGACAACUCUAACGGUUAUGUUGCUGAAGAGAUUACAGGACAUGUGGAAAUUUGUGACAUAGAUUUUGCAUAUCCGGCCAGGCCUAAUAUGAUCAUCUUGAAGGACUUUUCAAUCUCCAUCGAAGCUGGGAAAUCAACAGCGUUGGUGGGGCAAAGUGGAUCUGGUAAAUCAACAGUCAUCAGUUUGAUUGAAAGAUUUUAUGACCCUCUCAAAGGAGUAGUGAAGAUUGAUGGUCAAGAUAUAAGAUUAUACAACCUAAGGUCACUGAGGAAACACAUAGCACUCGUUAGCCAAGAACCAGCACUAUUUUCUGGCACAAUCAAGGAAAACAUUUUGUAUGGAGCCUCUGCUAAAACUAAUGAAUCUGAAAUCAUUGAAGCAGGAAAAGCAGCCAAUGCACAUGAUUUCAUUGCCGGCCUAGCAGAUGGCUAUGACACCUGGUGUGGAGACAGAGGUGUACAACUAUCCGGGGGGCAGAAGCAACGCAUCACCAUCGCCCGAGCCAUAUUGAGGAAUCCGACGAUGUUAUUGUUAGAUGAAGCAACCAGUGCACUAGAUGGUAAAUCUGAGAAAGUGGUGCAAGAGGCAUUAGAACAAGUGAUGGUAGGAAGGACUAGUGUUGUUGUGGCACAUAGGCUAAUUACCAUUCAAAACUGUGAUGUCAUUUUUGUGUUAGAGAAAGGGAAGGUAAUUGAGAGUGGUAAUCAUUCAUCCUUGUUAGCGAAGGGGCCAACAGGUGCUUACUACUCUUUGGUUAAUCUUCAAAGUAGAACACAUGAUUCUACUUGGUUCAAAUAA